CACGAUCUUCUCUCCGUCUGCAUGAUUUGAUACCAAAACAUGCCGCAAAUUUCGCAUAUUUUGCCCUCAAGCGGCGCUCACCAUUCGAAGCGCCUUGUGCCCAGAAAUGCCAAGAUGCCCCAUCUGCGGGAAGGCCAACCAUCGGUUGGACACAAAUCAACCGCACGCUGCUCGUUACAGCAUUGCCCCUCGGCUCCACCGAGCCCCACUAUCCGUGUUGUUCCAAAACAACUGACAACGUCACCAGACCCUCAGUCUCUGCUUUAUUCACAAGUCUCCUGCUUUUUAUUCUCCUUGAAUGUUGCGAUCCCACAUCUUCUUGGAGCGACUUGAGUACCCUGAUCAUCCUGUUGUCGCGCUUUAGAUUUUGUCAACUUUGUCCCGUUCGGCCUGGAGCUUCUUGUCAGAUUCCAAGAGAGCUUCUGUCGAACGAAGAUUUCCGCAGGCCUCACCACCAUGUCGAAUUCCUCGCGGUCUUUGGUCUUUUGGGCGGCCUUGCUCUUUCUCUGUUUCUGUGUUUGUCCAUCAAAUGCUUUUGGGGCGGGGAAUAUCGCAUCAACAGCUCGCAUAGAAGGCCACAACUUUCGCCAUGGAGAUAUUGAGGAUACCCUUCUCACCUUGCUCCUCUCGCGAGCGGCAGGAGGCAAAAAGUUUACCAAGAUGGCUGUAGCACAUAGCUACUUUGGAAACUGGAUGAGAGAUUACAGUCAAGCCGUCGAUGUCGGGACCGUCAAGAUGGUCAGCUCUGAGGCUAUCCGUAUCCUGUUGUGGGUUCUGGGCUUUCUCAGCUUCGGCUAUGGAACAAAGGAAUUUGAGGUCACCUCAGAACGACUUGGUUGUUAUCGUCCUGAAGAACACAUUGACAAUCCAAAAGACUACGCCGAUAAUGUUGAUGCUCGUCAGUACGAUCGCCGCCUGCGUGGACCAGUAGACGAAGAGCGUGAGCUCUCCGUCGACCAUCGCACUGGUUUGAAGAAUUAUAUCGCUUCUGAAGGCCUCGGAAUCACGACCUCUGCAGGGUUUGUACGAGAGACGUACGGCCGAAGCAUCUACUUUGGUCGCCGCUAUGCACACACGAAGAAUCAUGCCGACCUUUAUGAAGCUCUUCGACUUUUGGGCACUGCAAAUCACACUCUCGAGGACUAUUCUGCCCAUUCAAAUUAUACCGAGUUGGCGCUAAUUGAAUUGGGAGAGCGAGACAUUUUUCCGCAUGUGGGACGACGUACGCAGCUCAAUAUUCCCGGUGCCCGACAUGCCGUUUGGCCAAUCGUCACAGGCACUUUUGGCGGCGUCGAUUUUCUUCAUUCGGUCAUGGGAGAAUUUUCGGAUAAGGCUACCCAGUCGGAAAUUCAGGAACUCGAAGGCACUCUGCAGAAUUCUCAACAAAACUCCAACUCGAGUCUGCUUCAAGAGCUACUGGACAAGUUGCCGUCUGGGAUUUUUGGAGGUAAAGACCAGGCCGGCAAGGUCAACGAGCUCCAAGCAAAUUCCCAGGCGGCGCAGAUGCAGAAUAUGCACAUCACGCCCCGAGAGCCGGAAGAGUGGACCAAACAGCUCAACAAUAUCUCAAAGCAAAUCUACCCUAUCCUUGAAUUCCAUGAUGACAUUCUGAAGUCCAUUGCCGAGUUCAUUGAGAAGAUUCCCAUCCUUCCCGAUCUCAUUGAACAGCUACAGGAUCAGAUCAACAUGUUUGUCUUUUCUCUCUUGGCCCCUUUUAUACUCCCCAUCAUCAACCAGGUGAAGGCCGAGCUUUCUACCGGGUCCUCUGAGGUAAUUCAGAGCAGCCGGGAAAAACAGCUCAUUGUUUUCAACGACGAUCAUUCUACCGACCCGACUCAUUCGAUGCUUUCCAAGGACCACUUUUCAAACAUUCUUAAUGAGCCGGCCGGUAAGGUUGCCUGUCAGGUUCUCAAAUGGGCUGUCCCGCAAGUGAUUGCUUGUUGGGAUGAUGAGCGUAUCGAUGUAGAGCGGACGAUGAACCGCAUUGUCCAUGGCGUCUUUCACCAUCCGGCGCUUCGGGACUACGGUGAUGAUGGAGCACGAGAUGGACGCCAACUCAUGUUCUCAGUCGUACAACAGUGGUGGGGCGAAAAGAAUGACGAGGAACGGGAUAUACUGAGAGACCAGCUUAGUCGAGAUGGCGUUCAGACCGGCCGAAACCACAAAGAGGGAGUCGAAGAUUGUGGCCAUGGCUGCGGGAAACCUCUCGGGAUGCCAAAUGCAAUGUCAUUCGGUAAUAACGCGGGCUCCAACCACGGCGGUGGAGGAGGCGUUCUAGGGCAGGUUCAGCAGGCUCUCGGUCAAGAAGGUGGCGGAAACGGGAACCACAAUGGGAACUCCAUGGGCGGAUUAGGCAAACUUGCUGGCGAUGCAGUUGGUGGAGGGGCCCUAGGGGGUCUCGUGGGUGGCCUAGUCGGUUCUGCUGGCGCCAACCUGCUCGGCUCAGCGUUCAAAGGCCGUGAAAACAAGACGCAAAUCUUUGAGAACGAAGGCUAUGGGGAGGACAAUUCUUACCAGCAGAGCUACACGCAGACCAGUCACCACCCACAAAGCUACGCUGGAGACGAAGAAAGAUAUGGUCAGGCGCAAUAUACUCAGUCUGCCUAUCCCGAUGGAGGUCGACGCCAGGAUUAUCAAAGAUACGAGCAGUUUGGCCGUCAAGGUGACACCGGAUAUGGCUACGAAGAAAGAGUGGACACCCGGCCAAGCUAUGGUGGUGGCUAUGAGGAGAGAGUAGAGACGCGAUAUGAGAGACCUGCACAGCAGUGGGAGAGUGAGGUUCGAAGAGAAGACAGACGGCAAGAUGAGGACUUUUCAUUUGCCGAGGGCAGUCGUUAUGAAUCCAAUUCUGGUAAUGACCAAGAACGUUAUGGCUCGGGCGACGAUGGACGGGAGUCACAUCAUAAACAUAAGCACCAUCACCAUCAUAAGAAACAUCACGGCAGCGAUAAUGACUCAGAUAACGAGUCUCGUCAGAGAUAUCAUGGCAACAGGUAUGGGGAAGAGAACGUGGGUUAUGGGGAGCCGAGCGGAUUCUCUGAGGAACCGCGUUUCCAGGAGCGCCCUGCCUACGAUGGAUACGAGAGCAGAUCUGGACGACAGGAAUAUGGCGGUGAAUUCGGGGGCGGAAGACGUGAAUAUGGAAAUGAAUAUGAAAGAUUCGAGGAACCGAGUGGCUUUGAAAGACGCUUUGAGGAACCGCCGGCUUUUGAAGCUCGGGAAGGUUUUGGUUCACGAGGCUACGAUGAAGGAGGUUUUGAGGGCCGAGGAUAUGCUGGGCGGGAAGCAUUGGAGCGUGGUGAGGAGUAUGGAGAUGACCGUGGCUAUGGGGUGCCAGAGGAGUUUGGGGAGCGCAGACGAUAUGGGGACGAGUACUAGUGUAGAAACACGAGGGUCACUUGGCUGGAGAAACAAGUUGGAGCUUUCCUAACGCUAAGAAAUAUAUUGAUUAUGAUCAUUAAAUAGAUCCCUGACCUUACUGAGCUUUCGGCUCAAGGAAUUUAAAAUUUAAUCUGGGAA